AUGAACGAGGUGCUCUUCGCGCCCAUGUGCGGCCUUGUUCUGGUGACGAAGAACUUGUGGGGAACAAGCACGCUGUUUGCGAGUCGAAGAUGCAGCGCUGCAGCUACUCUGUCCGGCCCCACCCCCUCUACCUGCGCAGUACCUCGUGGCAGGGCCCCCAGCAGUUUUCAGCUGUGCCGGGGCAUUUUGCAGCUCGCGGGCAAGACCUCACUGCCGAGCGAAGCAUUGCCAGCGUAA